AUGAACCUCCAGAACUUGCCCCCGGAGCUCAUAUACAUAAUCUGCGAAAACUUUUGUCUGCACUGUCGAAAAGACAUGAGAACACCUGCCAAGUUCCUACAUAUCGAUCCAGCAGAAGAGAGUGGCAUACGAAAAACUAUUGUAGACCUUUGCUUGCUCUGCAAACGUUGGGGCUAUGUAGCCCAACAUGUACUCUACCACAGCUAUGGCUUUCCUGAGAGAAGCGAUAAAGGAGAUGUCAGAUUUUGCAGGACUCUUUGCGAAAAGCCAGAGCUCGGUCGCUUUGUUAAACAGAUCUACCUCAAGCAGAUUUCUGAGCUGGAUUGGGAUCUUGACAAAGACGAUGAUGCUUGGCUGCUCAAGUCAUUAGAAGAAUUCUCGGACAUUCUAAGUCUUCCUCGAGAGCCUUUUAACUUCAGCAAAGGAGCGUGGUCAUCGUUUAUUAUACCACUCAUAUUGCUUCAAAUACCAACUGUCGAAGAUCUCCAGAUAGACACACGGAAUCUCGACCAUCUGGUACAGCAAUUCAAAGCGCCAUUUGAGAGCCAUAUGCAUGCAUUUCCUCAACAUGUCGUCAGGGUUACCAUGUGCCAAGGCCCGCACUGCCAGGAAACCUUUCCUCUCGCAGGUCCAGUCGACCUCUCGACUACAGCGGGUGGUGGAUUGCUGUCAAAUAUUCAAGGGUUUGAUAUUCUGAUAAUUGGAAAUCCAAUUCGCCACACGCUAAAGAAUCCUUUACAGCUCGACAGUGUACGUACUCUUCAUCUGAUAGACGUGUGUCUGGGCCGGGAAGAGCUACAACUUUUGGUGUCUGCCACAGGGCCACUUGAAGUUUUUAAGCAUAUGGGAGAUUUUACGCAGGAUCCAAAUCCAGCCACAGCUCAGGAUAUAUGCGAAGUCCUCACGACGAAGAAAGAUACUUUGAAAGAAGCGACAGUACUGACGCAUUACAAAUCACGUUAUCUUACAGCAGCAAGAAUCCUUGAAAAUGUUACUUGGUUACGCAUUGCAACAAGCUCUAUCUGGGAGAGAACAGAAAGCGAGCCAAUCCUACAUGACCAUGCCUUGGUGGCUGUAUUCCCCCCUUGA